GCCGCCCUGGAGUGGUGGCGGCUGGCGGCGGCGACGCUGGGGAUCGUCGCGCUGCUGGCGGUGGUGCUCCUGGCGCUCCUCGGCCUCUGCUGCGCUGGGGCGCACUGCUGGCGCUGCCGGCGCGGGGCGGCCGGGCCGCCCGAGGGAGGUUCGUCGCUGAUGGCCUGCGGGCUGAACGUGGGCGAGCCGCAGGUGCUGGCGGCCAUCGAGGGCUACCCGGAGACCUGGCAACACCGGCUCCUGUUGCGGCGCAUCAAGGAGUCGCGAUGGGUCGCCCUCGGCCCCGAUGGCGGGCUCGAGGUCAUAGACCUCGGCGGGUUCGAGCUGCCCCCCUUGGCGCGAGGCGCCGCGGUGCCGGAGCGGGUCGCGGGAGACUGCGCGAUGAUCUCGGCGCUCUCCGACGGCGAGCUGCUGGGGCACCGCGUGGCGGCGACGCGGCUGGCCGUCAUCAUGGGCGCGGAGGGCGCCCCAGGGGCACCUGCGGCUGGCAGCGGGGUGUGCUGGCGGACCGCGGACACCAAAGCGCUCGAGUUCGGGCAGGAGGUGCCGUCGGACGAGGUGGCGAGCACAGGCGUCGUCAACUGGGGCGAGCCGCGGCGGUGGCUGUUCGCGGAGCUGGCACCCAGUGCCGAGUGCGCCAGCUGGGAGCGCGACAAGCCGAGUGGAGCUGGGCGGGGCCGCCGCGUCCUUCCAGCGCGCGGCGGCGACUUCGGGUCGGGGCUCGCGUCGCUCUCGCAGGCCGCCGACCACUUCCGGCCGACGGACUUGGCGAAGAUCGUCGACUGGCCCCACUCGGGGCCGCGCGCGGUGAUCGAGCUCGUCCGCGGGGUGGUGGCGCUCGGGCUCACGCCGUUCACCUACCACGCGCGCUGGGUGCGCCAGGUGCCGGCGCUGGCCUUGGGUUGCGAUUGCCUGGGCGCCAGCGACCUGGCGAGCCUCGAGCUGCUCGCGCGGCGCGCUGCGCAGAUCGAGCGCGCGGUGCGCGUGAACCCGAAGGCGCCGUCCUUCCAGGGGUUGGCCAAGAUGACGGAGCACGCCCUGGACGAGGGAGGCGGGCUGGCGACGCGCGAGUGCACGGCGCGCAUGGCGACGCUCGCGGAGCAGGAGGCCCGGAUCCUCAAGCAGAACAGGCUUCUGCGCGAGGAGCUGGCGGCGAAGGCCAAGGACAAGGAGGGCCCGAGGAACGGCGACAAGUGCCCGGACCUCCUCGUCUCGGACGCUGCCGUGGCGCUGUCUGCCCUGCGGGAGGCGGUCGAGCGGCUGCGCGUCUCCUCCGGCCCGCUGCUGGCCGACUUGAGCGUGCUUUCAGGCAAGGACGCUCUCGCGGACUUGCUUCGCUCCGACGACCUCUACGCCGUGGCGGCUGGCGCCGCGCUGGGGUCUUAUGACAUCGACAAGCUGAGGGUGUCGAAAGGCGACUUGGUCCCAAAGGACGUGGCGUCUGUCACUUCUCCGGCGGCCGCGAAGCUGAUCGGCGCCCCGCAUUUGCACAUCCUGAAGUCGGACGCCGAGCUCUGCGCUGACGUGGACUCGGGGGCGCAUCGCGGGCAGCCGUACUGGGGCCCGAUCCUCAGGGGCAGCCCCGUGAAGAAGCUGGAGUUCUUGCGGGCGCUGUCCGCGGCGGGGUUGCUUACCUGGCGGCGGCGGGUUCGGUGCCGGGUCGGGUGCUUCUUCGUCGAGAAGAAGGACUCCAUGCUCCGGCGUGUGAUCGACGCGAGGUGCGCCAACCGCAUGUGCCGCGCCCCGCCGCUCAGCCAGCUGGCGAUGCCGGGGGCCCUGGCAAGGCUCUCAGCCAGCGACGAGUCCUUCCGCAUGGUCCAGGAGAGGCUCGGGCGCGCGGCGCAGGCGGAGCUCGACUCGCCUGGCGACGACGAGCUGGUGGGCUUCUCGAUCGACCUGACCGACGUUUUCUACCAGUUCAAGUGCCAGGCGCUGGCGUCCAUGUUCGGCCUAGGCUACACCGGUACGGCCUCGAGCAUCGCCGACGAGUUCGGGAUCGCGCUCGACGACGUGUUCGACGACGACUUGCAGGCCGUCGACCCCGCCCACCCGUCCGAGGUCCUCGAGGCCUGCUUCCCCGGGAUGGCCAUGGGCUGGUCGUGGGCGCUCUGCUUCUGCAACGAGGCCAUCUCGGAGUGCAUGCGCGAGGCGUGA